CCAACAACGCCGUCACUUUCCCAUGGUAUUGGCAGCCAAAAUGAGGAAAACAGUUCAGAUUCACUGGCAAAUACAACAGUCAACCUGCCGCUAACAGUGGAUCCUCUAUUGGCUGCAGGCAAUCCUUCGCAACCAUUACCGCGGCGACAUCUUGGUGAACCGUUCGAUCAGCGCCUCAAAAUUCGGUGGAAUAAUUUUGUGACGACAGUUGAGAGUCGCUCGAUAAUCGCAUGCGGUUAUCCAGACUACAGCUUUCGUGUUAUUGACACGGACACUGGUACCGAUUUGCUCACUACUUUAGAAUUUGGGAGGAUAACGAGUUGGGAUCAGCUAAUGUCCAACUUGCAUAUUGCAGCCAAAGUGCGGCAGGUGAUAUACGGGCAUGGGGAUGUUGUAACGUGCUUAGCGCGCUCAGAAUCCAAUCUGUUCGCUGAUUGUUAUGUGGCCUCUGGAAGUCUCGAUUGCACUGUGGUUCUGUGGCACUGGAACGCCCAAACACAGUCAAUCGCUGGCGAGUACAAUGUUCCAGGUGAAGUGGCGGCUCCUCGCGCGAUCCUGACAGGUCAUGAAACCGUCGUAACAGUGAUAUGUAUUUCCGCUGAACAUGGCCUUGUUGUUUCCGGAUCGAAAGGUGACAGUCUGUCGAAAUUAAUUUGUCACGAUCAACUUCUUUUUUCUACCCUUGCUUUUCGUAGCUCUCGAAUAAGAACUGGAGUUUUCUUGCUUUAUCGCAGUUUACUUGGAAUAUUAUGA